AUGGCGAACCGUGUCAAAUGUGUCACAGGUGACACUCCGUGCCACUUUGAGGAUGCUCCAGGCCUCCGGACUGAAAACAAUGCUAAACCCCAUUUAUAUAACCUGAUUAAGAAAAAGAGCACACGGCACCUGCGCAUUGCUCCGCCGAGCAGCUGGAGCAGCGCGGAGGCUUACGGAGGCAUCGCAAGAGAAUGGGACCCUUCAGUUGGAAACCAAUGGAUUAAUUACAUUUCAUUCUGUGGACUUCGAAAUUAUGCUGAGCUGGAAGGGAAACUCAUUACUGAACUGAUCUAUGUCCACAGCAAGCUGCUGAUUGCUGAUGACAACACAGUCAUUAUAGGCUCUGCAAACAUCAAUGACAGAAGCAUGUUGGGGAAAAGAGACAGUGAAGUGGCUGUCAUUGUGGAGGAUACCGACAUGAUUCCUUCAGUGAUGGAUGGGGAAGACCUCAAAGUAGGAAGAUUUGCCCAGUCUCUUCGCCUUCAGUGCUUUAGGUACCACAGCUGACAGAAAAGACAGAGUAAAACCAAUCUACA